UACUUCUGUCAUGUCUUCUAUUGAGUAAACCAUUUAUCCUUGUGUUUUUUUUUUCUGUCUGGCGCCGGUGGAAAGAUACGUGAGGCGUGACCUUUUGAUAUGUGUAUCUCUGCUUAUCGCUGUACAAUGCUCAAUACCCUCGGGCGAAAGAUCAUGCAUGAUGUCUCAAUGGGUAAAUUCAUUUCAUGGUCAUUUUAUCUUACGAUGUUGGCCAGUCAUUGGGUUCCAUUUACGGACCUGGCUAUUCUCUUGUUGUGUAGAAAACAUUGUUCUGGAAGUGGAUGGUGAGCUUUGUAAAAUGCCCUUGUAAAUGCAAGUUAUAGGACAUCAGGUCGUACUUAGUUCCAUGCCCCCUGCAUGGUGCAGCAUAUUCG